AUGACAAAGAUGCUCUCUUUGAUCUUUGUCCUUUUGGUCCUGAAGCAUUCCCUCAUUUUCUGCAGUUUGACUGACCCCAAGUGCUUUUGGAGAAUAAAAGACAAGAAAAACCAGGAAGGAGAUGAAGAGCUUGAUUGUUUAUUUUCUAUUUACACAAAGCAUGGAUAUGUGAAGAAUGAUCAUUUCACUGGGAAUCUAGACAAGAAGUUGACACCAAAGAACAUCCACUUGAUAUUCUCUCUUUAUUUUGCCAUGGAAGAAAUAAACAGGAAUCCUCAUAUUUUACCAAAUAUUUCACUGCUAGUUGAUAUUAAUUGUGAUCUGUUUUCUAGUCACAUAAAAACUGUUUUGUCCUCAAGAGGAAUUGAACAUUUUCCAAACUACUACUGUACAAAACAGAGAAGAUACUUAAUUGUACUUACAGGACCAUUGUGGCGAAAAUCUACCAUUAUUGUGCCACGCCUGUACACCUCCAGAACUCCAGAGCUUUACUAUGGUCAUUUUCAAUCUGUCCUGAAUGCCCAUGAAGAAUUUCCUCAUCUCUACCAGAUAUCUCCCAAGGACACAUCUCUAGCACUAGCCAUGGUGUCCCUAAUGGCUCACCUGAAAUUGAACUGGGUGGGAAUGAUCAUUUCAGAUGAUGACCAUGGAAUUCAAUUUCUUUCUGAAUGGAGAGGAGAGAUGCAAAGAAACAUUGUCUGUUUAGCAUUUGUGACUAUAAUCACAACAGAUACAACAUUAUACUUUAAAAUGUUAAAUAAGUAUUAUAACCAGAUCAUGACAUCAUCAGCAAAAGUUGUGAUCGUUAAUGGAGACAAAGAAUCUCAUCUAAAGGGGAAUUUUAUCCUAUGGCAAUCUUUAAACAUUCGGAGAAUCUGGGUCAGUGUGUCACAAUUUGAUAUGAUCACAAUAAGAGGAGAUUUCUUGCUUAACUCUCCCCAUGGGACUCUCAUUUUUUCACAUCAGCAUUCUGAGGUAUCUGGUUUUAAACAAUUUCUGCAGACAGUGCACCCUUCAAACUACAGUAAUGAAAUUUCUCUUGCAAAACUGUGGUGGACUUAUUUUAAGUGUUCUUUACCAUCAUCUAAUUGUUACAAACUGAAGUAUUGUUCAACAAGAAACCUUUUGAAAUGGUUAUUUAAGACACCAUCUGGAAUGUCCAUGAGUGAUACAACUCAUAACUUAUAUAAUGCUGUGUUUGCUGUGGCCCACUCACUCCAUGAGGUGCUUCUGCAGCAAGUAGACACAUGGUCCAAUAAUGCUGGGAAGGACCUUGACCCCUGGAAGAUGUUUGCUUUCCUGAAGAACAUACAAUUUGUAAAUCCUGCUGGAGACCUUGUGAACAUGAACCAGAAACUAAAAGCGGAUGCAGAGUAUGACAUUUUCUACAUCAUGGAUUUUCCACCAAAUUUUGGACUUAAGGUGAAAAUAGGAAAGUUUUCCGAACGAUUUCCAAAUUACCAACAAUUGUAUAUGUCUGAUGAAAUGAUAGAAUGGGCUACAGUUCUUAGACAGACUCCACCCUCGAUAUGCAGUAGGCCUUGCAGUCCAGGAUUCAAAAAAUCCCCUCAGCAGGGAAAUGCUGUCUGCUGUUUUGAUUGUGACCCCUGUCCAGAAAAUGAAAUUUCAAACAUGACAAACAUGGAUGAAUGUGUGAAGUGUCCAUAUGAUCAGUAUGCCAAUGCAUAUCGAACUCACUGCCUCAAAAAAGUGAUAUCCUUUCUGACUUAUGAAGAUCCUUUGGGAAUAUCUCUGGUCUGCUUGGCUCUGUGCUUCUCUGCUCUCACAGCUAUUGUAUUCUGUGUGUUCUUGAAGCACAAAGACACUCCCAUUGUCAAGGCCAAUAACAGAGCUCUCAGCUAUGUCCUACUCAUCUCCCUCAUCUUUUGCUUUCUCUGUCCCUUGCUCUACAUUGGCCAUCCACAUACAAUCACCUGUAUAAUGCAGCAGACUACAUUUGCAAUUGUAUUCACUGUAGCCACCUCUACUGUCUUGGCAAAGACUAUUACUGUAGUACUGGCAUUCAAAGUCACUGUUCCAGAUAAGAGAAUGAGGUCACUGCUGGUUUCAGGGGCACCUAACUUCAUCAUCCCCAUGUGCACCAUGAUUCAAGUGCUUCUCUGUGGGAUCUGGAUAGGAACUUCUCCUCCAUUUGUGGAUGCUGAUGUACACAUGGAACAUGGCCACAUCGUCAUUGUUUGCAACAAAGGUUCAGUGAUUUCCUUCUACUGUGUCCUGGGAUACUUGGGCUCUCUUGCCCUGGCAAGUUUCACUAUAGCUUUCCUGGCCAGGAAUCUGCCUGACACAUUCAAUGAAACGAAGUUCCUAACGUUCAGCAUGCUGGUGUUCUGCAGUGUUUGGGUCACUUUUCUAGCUGUCUACCAAAGCAACAAAGGCAAGGCUCUGGUGGCUGUGGAGGUCUUCUCCAUCUUAGCCUCCAGUGCAGGGCUAUUUCUUUGCAUCUUUGCCCCCAAGUGCUAUAUUAUUUUGUUAAGACCAAAGGUAAAUUCUUUUCACAAGUUCAGAGUCACAAAUGCUAAUGCUGAAUGUAUUCAUUAA